AUGUCGAUCGCAUCCACCGACGAAGCCUUUCAUGAGGUCAGAAGAGUUCGAUCGACCGGUCAUGUGGGCGACAGCAUAGAGGGGCUCAAAGCUUCGGACCUCUUCGACGAGACGAAGACGGCCAAAGAGAACAAGAGUUUGCUCAUGUCUUAUGAGCUCGAACGCAUGGGAUUCGGCCGCUAUCAACUCUUCGUCUUUCUGCUGUGCGGCCUGGGAUUUUUCACGGAUCUCCUUUUCGCACAGGCCUUUGGUCUCAUUACUGUCCCUCUCGAGAGCGAGCCAGAUUUUGGCACAGUCAACGACGGCAACAUUGGCACGCUGUUCACCGCUUUCAACGUCGGGCUCACAGUCGGAGCCUUUUCGUGGGGGAUCCUUGUCGAUGUGGUGGGCAGAAAGUGGAGCUUCUACUGCACAUGCCUUCUCGCUUCCAUCUUUGGACUUGCUGCUGGAGGCUCGCCCAACUUCACAGCGCUGAGGGUCCUGGUCGCUUUCUCAGGCCUUGGUGUUGGCGGCAACAUUCCGAUUGAUGCUACGAUCACCCUCGAAUUCUUGCCGACCAAGAAUCGAUGGCUGCUGGCGUUGCUUUCUUUGUUUCAACCCAUCGGUGUCUUGGUAGCGUCUGGCAUUGCCUACGGCUUUGUGCCCAACUACUCUUGCGGCGAUGGCGCGACUGCGGUGUCAGAGACAGUCUGCAGGUCAGCUGACAAUCGGGGAUGGAGGUAUACGCUGUUCACUGUAGGGGGCAUCACCCUCGGCGUCUUUCUUCUGCGCUUUCUUCUCUUCACUUUCCGCGAGUCGCCAGCCUAUUUGGUUAAUUUGGGCAAAGAUCGCGAAGCGAUCGAGGUUGUCAAGGCUAUCGCCAAGGUGAACAAGGCGGACGCGCCCGCAUUCACGAUGGAGGACUUUAAUGAAAUCGACAGAAGGUGUGGAAAUACAAUCGGCGAGGAUCAAGUCAAGGUCGGAGCGGGAAGGCGUGGCGAGGUCUUUGCGGAGUCGUCAAAACACGCUCUGAGGCAACUCACCAAUGUCAAAGUCCUGUUCCAGAACCGCAAGAUGGCGCGUCUGACAAUUUUGCUUUGGAUCACUUUCAUAUGCGAUUUCUUUGCGUUUAACAUCGCUGGCGCAUACCUGCCUCUGAUCUUGUCUGAUAGGAACAUUGCUCAAGGCAAAACGCUGGCAGAGACGUACCGUUCGUACGUGGCGAUUUAUGCCCCGGGCAUCGGGGCGUGCAUUCUAGCUGCUGCCUUGAUCGAGCUGCCUCGCUUAGGCAGGCAGUGGUCGAUGGUGUUCUUUUCAGCAUUGAUGGGUGUAUCGAUGUUCAUCUACACGCGAGUAGAGACCGAAGCGGCCUCUGUCGGAUUGAAUGCGCUCGAGUACAUUGCCCAGAGCGCUUUCAACGCCAUCCUGUACGCCUACUUGCCAGAGGUGUACCCAUCGAGCGUCAGGGGCACUGCGAGCGGAGUGGCCUCCACUCUGGGACGCAUUUCCGGCAUUGUCGCCCCCUUGAUAGCUGGACCCCUCUACUCUGCUGGACCUGACAAAGCUCAAAAUGCUGCGCAUGUGCUGUAUCUAGGAGGAGGGGUGGCGUUCGCAGCGACGAUUGCUCUCAUUUUCCUUCCCUUUGACAACAAGGGAAGGCGUGUACACUAA